AUGGCAUCAGCCUACAUUCGUCUCGGGAUUUAUGAAUAUAACCCUGCUGAUAUUUUGGGCAGUGGCGCUUUUGCAAUAGUGUAUAAAGGCCGGUUCCGUGAUAACAAAAGUCAAAAUGUUGCUAUAAAACAGAUGAUAAAGGGGCAGAAUGUUCUGAAGUCAAAAACUCUUCUUAGCAAGGAGAUUUCUGUUCUGAAGGCACCAGAAGUUCUCAUGUGUCACAAGUACGACGCAAGGGCUGAUAUUUGGAGUAUGGGUAUCAUUGUCUACCAGUGUUUUGUCGGGAAGGCACCAUUCUACGCCAACAGUCCUGAAGCCUUAAAGAAUAUUUAUCUGAAGACAAUUGACUUGAAACCCAGGCGAGUCUAUUUUACCAACCUCGUACCCCACAAACCUGCUAGUGUGCCACCCUUGCCCAGUUCUGUGCGACGACCUCGCGGUUCUCAAUCCACCGGGUCUCGCGGUACCACAUCAAACCGGGUUUACGCGGCGCCUGCUCUUCCCUCCCGCCGAAAAACCGAUGUUGGCGGUAAUCGCGGUCGUAGUACCAUUGCGGAGCUUAUGCCAACCACAGCACGGAACCUGGGGCGUGGUUCGCGCAUCGUUCAGCCAACCACUGUUCCACGUCGUGAAUCUCCAGCUACCACUGCUCCUCCUCCUCCCCCACUUUCGCCCCCUCUUGGGCUGCCAUCCUACUCACCCCCUCUACUAGAAGGUCAAGAAGACUUUUCAGACUCAUCUCUUACUCCAACUGAUGAUGGAAAUGAGUAUAUCGAAGAUGGACUUGGGGGAAGCAGUUUUCUUGUCGGAGGUGACCGCGACAUAAGGCAGACGCCUUUGUCAACGGAGGGCUUAGGCACUCUCGAUCCAUGCCUUGCUGACGUGCUUCAAAGACCAAGGUCUUUGGCUGCCAAUGCUCAGCUUCCGAGUCAAAGGGUGGCCCUCGAUAAGAGUUUGGAAGGCUAUGUUAUUGUAGAAUCAGAUGGAUCAGGGCUCAUUCUUCUCGGCGUGGACAGCCACCUCCAGAUUACCGUUCGUUGCUUUCACCGUCCUCAGAUAAUAGGCACCAGAGCUCCAACUCAAAGGGCAAGCCCCAGUCCGGAAAGCCGUCGCUUAAAUGCAACGAACACCGUGGCAGCCAAGAAGCUGGAGCGCCUUCCAGGCAAUCACCUGAUCCCGCGCACGCAGGCUAAACUCAUGUCAUCGACGGUUGACGAUCCCUUAUAUCUGAUGCUUGUUAAUUCUAUUGUCCAGCGGCAGACCGUGAGAGCAGAUUAUAAUGGCUCACUUGUUCCGCCAGAACUUACGGAGGAAAAAUUAAUGGAGCCGGAGCACAAACUUGAAUUGCAGACUGUGACCAUGGUGUUGGAGCUGUGCGAGCUGCUUGCCGAGUUGGCCGAGCGGCGGGCUUCGGCGCUGACCGACUGCACCACCACCACCACCACCGCGGUCGCUCAGCCGGCCGACUCCAACGGCGAAAACAGCGACAGCUCGCUCCCCAAUACUCCACUUCAAACGCAGCAGCACACUAAACUCAAGCUCGUUCCUGAAGCUAAGCGGCAACAGCUUGUGCUGUAUCGGAGGAUUCUGUACUACCUAGAGUACGUCUUUGCUCAAGUGAAGAAAGCUGUUUCUGAAAACCGAUUAAAACCAACAUCAAUCGCCAAAAAGAGACUAACCGACUGCAAUGCCUUGUACCACCGGUGCUACAUUAGGUUGUGUCAGUUAUCACGUCUGUCGCGGCGUGAGGACCUACUCGAACCCGUGGGUCGUCAUCUAUCCCGCGUCACUGCUAACCGCCUCAUUUUUAACUAUGCGCUUGAUCAGUGUUUUGCCGCCGAAAUGGAUGACUACAUUGGUGAUCUGGGUCUUGCGCUCCGUCGUUAUCGUGCAGCAAUCACACUCAUCCACGGUCUCUGUCAGCACGCCACCACCCAGUAUGACAAGUCACUUCUUUCUGAUUGUUUGCGGAUGAUUCAGGAUCGCCAUGGCACCCUUUGGGCACACGUCGCUGGUAGCGGUUGCAGGGCACGUGGAGAUGAAAUUCAACGUCGAAUCUCCAAUGUCGGUCUCGACUCCCCACUAGCUCCUUCUUCAGUAACCAGUGAGGAGCACACCAUGGUGGCGACGUCAUGUGACCAUGGGUUCGACUUCCGUCUGUGUGGCGUCACGCGGGCAUUGAAUGACGCGCCGAGGACUGAGAGCCAAACCGCUCACGAGUUUUCCGUCUCCAUUGCAGCGCCGCGGAACGAACCAACGGGAGAACAGGAAGACCAAGACAGGGAUAUAUAA